AUCCACUUCUCUUGCCUUCUCCUCCUUGGUGCACAAGGUCGACCUCCAUCCCACCACCAUGUCCUGCUUCGAUCUGUGCCGUCCCUGUGGCCCGACCCCACUGGCCAACAGCUGCAACGAGCCCUGUGUGCGUCAGUGCCAGGACUCCCGGGUGGUGAUUGAACCAUCUCCUGUGGUGGUGACCCUGCCUGGACCCAUCCUCAGCUCCUUCCCCCAGAACACUGCUGUGGGCUCCAGCACCUCUGCUGCUGUUGGAAGCAUCCUGAGUGAGGAGGGAGUGCCCAUCUCCUCCGGUGGCUUUGGCCUCUCUGGCCUGGGUGGCCGCUUCUCUGGCAGGAGGUGCCUGCCCUACUAAGGAUGAGGUGAACGUCCCUUGAACCCAUUGCCCAGGAAGCCUGAAGCCACACACCGGACUGAGGAUGGAGCUGCUGGCCUGAGUUUCCAGAUAGGCAGAGCACCCUCAUGCCCUGCUGCAAAGCCUGUGGUGUCUGGAAGCAUGGCCCUCUGAUGUCUUCUUCUUCUCCCACUUUCCACUCAUCAUCAUUAGGAGUCCAUCUUGUCUCCUGCUGUUCUGUGCACUGGGUUCAUCCUGAAGCAAGUUUAGAUGGUCCUGCUUUUUCUCCCUCUCACUAUGUGAGGGAGGAAGAUGUGCAUCCCAUUCUGGUGAAGGGAUGUCUGAAUACCAGCUGCUCUUGUUGCAGCCUGGACCAGAUCCCUUCCACCAUGCAUUGCUUUAUUUUCUACCUUCAGACUCAAUAAAGUUUAUGCUGCAUUAUUAUCUCAGUCUCCUCUUGUUUCUUUCCUGUUGGGAUAUUCACUCAAGAUGUCUAGGGGAAAAUGUAAUGCCCUGCUAUUGAAAAUGGUCGAUGGCUAUUGUCCUCAUUGGACCUCCUUCCUGCCUUGAGUAUUGGAGAUGGACAUUGGAGAUGACAUUGUGAACUGGUUGAGAGCCAGAGUAAUGUGCAUUGUUGGCAAUGUCCUCCAAGUGUUUCCAUAUGCUCCUUCAAAUUUACACUUAAAGGAUGAGCAAGUUUUGAUUUUGUCUUUAGUUGCUGAUGCAAACAUUUGAGCUGCUGGAUUGUAUGGUUUUGAGGCAAGUGCCCAACUGGUUGAAGUUAUGAUGCUGUAUUACCGUUCUAAGCAUAUUUUUCUUCCCAUCCCUCCAUGAACACCUGACAAACCCUCAAAGUACAGAGUCCAAAAAGAGUCAAAGAGAUAAGUUGUCAUCUAUUGCUUCUUUCCAAUGGCAUAUUUUAGUUCCUAUUUUCAGUUCUCUUCUCAGAACCUACCGUUCUCUACUACUUCGUGGGCAAUCCUUAUCUCCUGGCCCUGUAGUCCUGUUUAGAGUGAGAUUCCACUCUUGUGUUGUAUCCUAUAUAUUUCUAUGCCAGAUGGAUACUAUUGUAUUUGAUGGCUACUAUUCUAACUUAAAUUCAGCAAGAAUUCAAAAGGCCUUUGUGUCUCUGCUUGGGAGACUCAGUAAAAAUCCACUUUGCUUCAUGCUUUAAGGCAUUCUGUGCCUUUUACUGAAUGCAGGUGAUGUUAAAAUAUACACCCAGGGACAGAAGACAACACCCUUAGCAGGAAAUCUGAGAAAGCAGGGUGUUGUAAGAUGUUUGAGGUCUUGUGUAUACCCUCAGCAUGGGGAUCUGAGUUGGGGGGUAUGGAGAGAUGGUAGAAAAGUACUUUUUUGCAUGCAGUGUUUUGCUCGUUGAAGGUUUUUGAAUGAAAGAAACAUGGAUAGGGCACUGAUGUUCCAUAAAGUUUGAGGAUGACUAAGAUUCCUUAAAGUAUGAAUAAAAUCCUUUUUCUUCAUGCAGAGAUGCUGUAUUGCAAUCACACUGAGGACUUAUUCUGAAUAGAGAUUUGCUUAAAUGAACACAUCCUGUCUCCCUAGAAGCUCCUUUCAUCUUCCCGAAUGAGAAAUUUGGUUGUGCCUCUGUGAUUACAGAGUUUCCUGAGUCUGGUAGAGUCCCACUGUAAUUGUGGAGGGUAUUUUGUCCACACUGUGGAAUGAGGGUCUGGCAAGGGCCUGCGGUGUGUAUGUUGGGUAUCACACGCCAGACAGUUGCUCCCCCUGGGCAUGUGCUGCCUCAGGCUAACACUGCAUAGAGCUUGGUGUCCUCCUAUGGCACAUGUCCUCGGGAUGGCCCUGACUCCUGCUGCUGUCCCAACUGCUCUUGGUGGCACUCCCAGACCUCAUUUGUUUCUGGGUGGAUGUAUGUACAGCCUGGAAAUGUUGCUGUGUGUUUGUCAGUGUGUACUGUGUCAGGACGUAGGGACAAAAAAGGAUCCAAGGCAUGGGGACAUGGGGAACGAAGAAGGAAGAGUUUUAAACGAAACAAAAUGUUCUUGUUAAGGUUUGCAUUCUAUAAGAUAGCAGUAGAAUCUAGCUAAUACUGACUUUGGAAGAGCAACAUCAUUCUUUCCUGGUAUAUACAUGGAAUGGUGUUGGGGGAUCACCAGGCAAUGCAUGGAGGAGGUGAAAAGGCAAAGCAGACAGGCUAACUUGACAGAGUGCAGUGACAUAUCACAUAGAGAGUUUGAAACACCUGACAGCACAUUCUCCCUGCUGUAAAAAUGAUGCCUAGGAAAGCUUAAAAGUCCUUGGAGGCAUUGAGAACAAUAGGUUUGUCCAGUCCUUGGAUAAAGAAGUUCUGCUCUUUAAUUAGAUGUUUAUAAUGAAAAAAAAAAAAAAACCCAAAAAACCAAAACAACACAAAUACAUUCAUAACACCAAAGCAUAAGGGCAUACCUCAGAAGGGUAAAAUGCUGAUGUCACCUGAAAACAUGGCAGCAUUCUGACUUGUAAAACAAUGGCCUGAUUUUAGCAUAAUUACCAGUGGAAAUACUGGCCUAUAAUAUCAUACCAUGAAAGGAAACUGCAUUAGGGAACAGGAAUGUAAUGAAAAUGGAAAUAAAAAGGAAGCAUUGCAGGGAAAAUAAACAACCAAACGAUUUACAUAAUUGCGAAGCUAAGCAUAAAAUAUGACCUUGUUGGUAAACACAUUCCAAGUGUAAAACUGCCUUGCAGCCUCGGGCAGUCCUGAGCAGUAUAAAAGCCUGUCCAGCACCAGGCUCCCUCAUCCACUUCUCUUGCCUUCUCCUCCUUGGUGAACAAGGUCCACCUCCAUCCCACCACCAUGUCCUGCUUCAGUCUGUGCAGCCCCUGUGGCCCGACCCCGCUGGCCAACAGCUGCAACGAGGUCUGUGUGCGCCAGUGCCAGGCCUCCCGGGUGGUGAUUCAGCCCUCUCCCGUGGUGGUCACCCUGCCUGGACCCAUCCUCAGCUCCUUCCCCCAGAACACCGCUGUGGGCUCCAGCACCUCUGCUGCUGUUGGCAGCAUCCUGAGUGAGGAGGGAGUGCCUAUCUCCUCCGGUGGCUUUGGUAUCUCCGGCCUGGGCAGCCGCAUCUCUGGCAGUAGGUACCUGCCCUGCUAAGGGUGAGGUGGACGUCCCAUGAACCCCUUGCCCAGGAAGCCCAAAGCCAGGUGACAGACUGAGGACAGAGCUGCUGGCCAGCAUUUCCAGACGGGCUGAGCACCCCUGCCAGAUAUUACUGCCUGGGAAUAUGACCAGCAGAUGUCUUCUUCUUCUACUUUCCUCUGAAUAUCACGAGUUCAUCUUGUGUCCUGCUGUCCUGUGCCUUGGGUUUAUCCUGAAGCAAGUGGAAAUGGCCUUGCUCCGUGUCCCAUGUGUGGGACGAAGACAUGAUUCCCAUUCCGCUGGGAGCGUGUCUGAGUACCAGCUGCCCCCAUUGCAACCUGUACCAGAUCUCUUCUAUCACGCAUUGCUUCAUUUCUAUCUUCAGACUCAAUAAAGUUGAUGCUGCAUUGCAA